UACGUCCAAGGCACCGUGUCCUCUGCCCUGGGCUACGAGUCGGGUGAGCAAACCAAGAAUGACGCGGUCAAGGAGAUGAAGGGCGUGCAGGCACAGUCCGCCGACAGCCCACCUGCGAAGUCGCGAGUCCUGGGUGUGGUCGAGAGUGCGGCGGGCAAGGUCACGGGCUGCGAGGGCAUGGAGGCUGAGGGCCAGCAGCGUCUGCCGCAUGGGGCGGGCGCAGAGGAGGCGGGUGGCACUGGCUAA